AUGAGGAUUCGCCCGGGAUGCGUGGUUGCACUAGUGGUGCUAUUGCAAGUCGCAUUUGUGGCGAGCAAAGCAGUGGAUCAAAAUCAGCUGCAACAACAGAAGUCUCAGCAACAAACUCCAUAUAGCACAUUGGCACAAAAGAGAUGGAGUGAUGACUUGGGAAGUCACAGUAAUUUGGGUUCCGGCUAUGGUGGAGAUUCAAGCGGUCAUGGUGGUGACAUAGGUGGUGGUGAUGGAGGUGGCUUUGGUCAUUCUGGAGGUGAUGACGCUAACGGUGGUUUUGGUCAUUCUGGAGGUGGUGAUGUUAGCGGUGGUUUUGGUCAUUCUGGAGGUAGUGACAUUGGUGCUAAUUUUGGCCAUUCUGGAGGCGGGAAUGGUGCAGCAAUCGAAGAACAUCAUGACGAUCACCAUGAUCAUCAUGAUCAUGGUUAUUGGAAGAAGAAGCUUAUCUGGAAACCAGGAUGGAAAAAAAUUUGGAAACCAGCAAAAAAACAGAUCUGGAAACCUGCUUGGAAAAAAAUUUGGAAACCCGUGUGGGUUCCAACGCAAAAGGCAAUAUGGAAAGAUAUUCAAGUACCAGUUUGGAAAAAAAUUUGGAAACCAGUGUGGAAGGAAAUACAAGUCCCAGUAUGGAAAGAUAUUCAGGUACCAGCCUGGAAAAAGAUCUGGAAACCCGUUUGGAAACCUAUAAAAGUUCCAGCAUGGAAAGAGAUUCAGGUACCUGCAUGGAAAAAGAUCUGGAAACCGGUUUGGAAAGAAAUUCAAGUGCCAGCCUGGAAAGAGAUUCAGGUACCAGCUUGGAAAAAGAUCUGGAUUCCUGAAUGGGUCAAGAUCGGCAUUCCCGGAGAACAUUAUCACGGUACCGAUCAUCAUGGAUGGCAAUAUACCAGUCAUGAUCUGUGGAAGAAGAAACUAAUUUGGAAACCAUUAUGGAAAAAGUAUUGGAAACCAGCAAAAAAACAGAUCUGGGUACCAGACAAAAAGUUAGAAUGGGUGGAAGCCUGGAAACAAAUUUGGAAACCAGCUAAAAAACAAAUUUGGGUAGACGACAAAAAACUUAUUUGGAAGGAAGAAUGGAAACAAAUUUGGAAACCAUCCAAAAAACUUAUUUGGGUGCCUGAUAAGAAAUUGGAAUGGAAAGAGGCUUGGAAACAAAUUUGGAAGACUGAUAAAAAGCUCGAAUGGGUACCUGAUAAAAAGUUAGCCUGGAAAGAGGCUUGGAAACAAAUUUGGGUACCAGCUUGGAAAGAAAUUUGGGUUCCAGCAUGGAAAAAAAUUUGGAAACCAGUCUGGAUAUCGGAAUGGUUUCCUAUAGAUGAUCACCAUCCUCAUCACGGUUGGGACCGAAAAGAUACACAGGCUCAAGAUUCUCAGAUAGCUCCUUACAGUCCUGACACUAUUUCAAAGCAAAAUGCUCAGGUUGAGCAACAACAAUAUCAAAUCGAUGAAAAUAAAAUCAGGUGGGAUAGAUCAUCAAAGGCUGAAACUCCAUCAAUUAGUCAAGAUCUGGUACCACCACCAGCAAACAAUCAAAGCGGUUUAGCACAAAAUUUCACGUUUCCCCAACGCUAA